AUGCCGCUGCGGCGUCAAGCCAAGCCUCGCUCGCAGUCACCCCCGAAACGAAGCGCGUCAGGUCGCAGCUCACCUAAGAAACCAACCGACGACGCCGACAGUGAAUACGCCAAUAUAGUGGCUCCCGCGAACAUGGACAUAGAUGCGGACCAGGCGCGCAAAGUCAUGAGCGAAUUCAGAAUGGCGUGCAUCAACAGGUCCGCAUGCUGCGCUAUCACCGGCGCCGGCGUGCCGUGGUGCCUAGGCCAGCCGAUCGGUCCAGGCAUCCAAGCCUGCCAUGUGGUGCCGCAGCAGCAUUAUCAUGUCUACCCGAUGCCCAGCACGAAUGCGUUGAGCUCAGACGCUGACGAGACAAUGCGAUAUAAUCCACGUCUGUUGCAAGAGGCGUGGCGAAAAACGUGGAGUCCUCGUAACGGCAUCUUGCUGAUGAAGCACAUGCAUGACUUUUUCGAUUCGCGCCUCGUUUCUAUCCACCCGAAGACUUUAUUGGUGCGUGUCUUUGUGCCAUAUCAAGACCUGGAACCCUACCACGGCCGCAAGGCAACGGUGCCUUUGGAUAUCGACCGCAGGGCGCUGCGGCACCACUACGACAUGUGUUGCAUCGAGAACAUGGCCGCAACCUACCCGGAUCUAGAUGCACCUCUACACAACACCAAGAGCCAGAUCAGCACACCUGGCGCCGGCCUGGCCAGCACUUCCGGCGGCAGCACGCCUUUGACCGGCAGAACCGACCUGGCCAUGACGCCAAACUAUGGACGCGACCUGACGCAGCGGCCGGCCGGCGGCGAUCCGUCUAAGAGACAGCGAUCAGCCCCCCGUGACGACCAUGACGACCAAGACGACGGGGUCCCUGCGGCAGACGAGGUCGAGUUUUUGGAGGAAGGAGAGGAGUUUCCUGCAGCCAAACGAAUACGUCUGGAAGACAGGCUCAGGCUUUUUGACGGCUAUGUAACCCCAUGCAACAGCCGCGAGUUUCUAGGGGAUGUUAACUGGGAGCUGACCAAGCACAAGUACCUAGAGCUAAACAAGUACGAGUCUCAUUCGGAAUCCCAUGCGACUUAG